AUGAAGAGUUGUAGUGACAGGUUGGAAGGUGUAGUGAUAUUUACCAAGCUUGAUUUAAGGAGUGGCUAUCAUCAUAUCCGUAUUCGCCCUGGCAGUAAAGAUAGUAUUCAAGUUGAUGAGGCGAAGGUGAAAGCAAUACGCGAAUGGCCAGCUCCUAAAACCAUGGCCAAUUCUAGUGGGACAAAGUAUAGGAAGAUAGUUUUGAGACAAUCAAAAACAAGUUAUGCACUACACCGGUGUUGGCACUACCUAGCUUCGAGAAAAUAUUUGAAGUUGAGUGUGAUGCUUCAGCUAUGGGAAUUGAAGCAGUAUUAUCCCAAGAAGGCCGCCCAGCUGAAUUUUUUAGUGAAAAGCCAACGGAAUAAAGUAGCAGAUGCAUUAAGUCGACAUACAUCUCUUUUAGCUACAAUUAGUAUGAAAGUAGUUGGGUUCGAUUGUUUAAAGAAACUGUAUGCAACUGAUGAGGAUUUUCGCAAUAUAUGGGCUCGAUGCAAUAAUAGGGAAUUUUUACCCGAUUACCUUCUUCAGGGAGGAUUCUUGUUUAAGGAAACGCAAUUAUGCAUUCCUCGUUCUUCUUUGCGUGAGCACUUGAUUCGAGAAAUACAUGCAUGA